AUGGUGUGGGCCGUGGCCACUGCAGUGUAUCCAGCUCGGGCGGGCAGAUCCAUAGCUACCUGUCCAAACCGUUCGUCGUCACUUGCGGCGGUGGUAGCGUCUUCGUCACCGUCCGAGACCUCGUGGUUGCUGCUGCUGUCGUCCUCAGGGUCUCCAGGGCCACGAGUGGAACCUAGGACGCGAGAAGUAAAGACUACAAGCGUGAGCCCAUCGGUACCACGGCUGGGCAGCAAUUAUGCCGCCCUGCUGUGUCUAGCAGCAACAGUCGCGGGAGCCGUCGCUCUGCAUAUUCUGCAUGUAUUGAAGCGAUACCCGGUCGGGCAGCGUAACGACCGCCCUGCCGGGUACGCCAACAACCGCUCUUCAGUCUUGGGGGCCGCGGCGGGCGAGCAGGCACGCGGAGAGAUGCACGAAGCUAAUAGGCAUGCGGAGAAGGCGUAUGCUGCACUCGAGACCCCUGCAGGGUCGGCUGAGUCGAAGCCGGCUUGGGGCGAGGCCCCCCGGCGCGUUGUCUUGAUUAUUUUCGCUAACAUCGUCGACCCCUAUACUGAGAUCAAGUAUAGGUCCGAAGUUUCCUUCACUGGUACCAACGGGGGGGGGAGACCGCUGGGCCUCUUCCCGGUCAUCGACGGUACCCAAAACCAAGACUGGAGACCGGGGGGCCUCGUGCGCGCCAGAGAAUUCGGCGCGCGCUGA